AACUACCACAAACCCAACAUGUGUUCCAAGGUUCCCGUGGCAUUCCUGCUGCUGGGUGUGGCCGUGGUCUUCUCGGCCCCGCCUCCUCCGUACCACGCUACCGAGGCACCGGUCCAGUAUGAGUACCAGUACGCCGUCUCGGACGAAUACGCUGGGCUCGAUUACGGCCAGACGGAGAGCCGAAACGGCUACGAGACGACCGGCUCGUACCACGUGCUGCUACCCGACGGCCGCGUGCAGCGGGUACAGUACAGCGUGGUCGGCGAUCAGGGGUACGACGCCGAUGUCACCUACGAGGGUGAAGCCAAGGAGUACCAGCCCGCUCCCAAGUACGAGAAGCCGGCGCCCUCUUACCACCACGCGCCCGUGUACCACCCCAGGCCGUCGUACCACGCCGCUCCCGUGUACCACCAAGUGCCUGCGUACGGUGCUCGGCAUUAUGGCGGCGCCCGGGCCCGCACGUACAACCUGCAGAAGGCGACCGAAGCGCCCCUGGCGGAAGCCGAGGAAGCUGCAGUUGAGGAGCCGGCCGCCGUUGAGGAGGCGGAGGAGGUAGCGGAGGAGGUGGAGGAGGAGGUCGCUGAGGUCGAGGAGGCCGAACCAGAGGUGGAAUCUGUCGCCGAGGGUGGCGAGAAGGCUUAUCAACAGGACGCCAAAUAGAGCAUCCCAUAGUGGAGUGUUCGUCCGAGACGGCGUCAUGUCAACUGUUUUUAUUUUGUGCGAAAUAUAAAAAAUGGAAUAUGA